UCCUUCCCCAUCGACGUUGCCAAGAAAAGAGGACCAAAAUAUUAAGGAAAAAAAAAUCCUUUAUAAAUCUGUCGCCGGCCGUGGUCGCGGAGCUGGCACAAACGACGUCGCCCCGUCCUCUGCCGCUUCUCUCGCGUCCCCUCGACCUAGGGCUUCCUCCUGCCGUUCCUCUCCCGUUCUCUUGUCCGUAUCUUCAUAUUUGCGGGAGUUGGAACCGGAUCAUGGAGGGGACCGGGAAGCAGACGCAGGCUCUGGCCGCUGCUCUUCUUUUCUUGGCCGCCUUCGUCGUCCUGGGGACGGGAUCGCCUGCUUGCCCCGUGCCCUCGGUUGGGGACUCGAUCUUGGGUCGCCUGGAUUUGGAUCCAUCGAUGAUGCGUGCUAACUACCGGAUCGGCGGCGUCGUUGAGGGUGACGAAGCAGCUUUGCAACGGGCAUUGAGCAUUGUGCAGACAAACAGAGACAGCUAUGUGGCCUUGCUCUUUUAUGCAUCCUGGUGUCCUUUCUCUAAAAUCUUUACUCCAAAUUUCCACGUCUUGUGUGACUGGUUUCCAGCUAUUCAUCAUUUUGCAUUUGAAGAAUCUGUUAUCAGGCCAAGUAUACUAUCAAAGCACGGAGUGCAUGGUUUUCCAACCCUUCUUCUACUGAAUUCCACUAUGAUGGUCCGUUAUCGUGGUCCACGAACCUUGAAUUCCCUUGUUGCCUUUUACAAUCAUGUCACAGGUGUUGACCCAUCAGCAGAACCCAUAUCCCUCGCUGAAAUUAGGGACUCGCCGAGGACUACUGAACCCACGGAAGACAUGCAGGCAAACUGUCCAUUCUCGUGGGCAAAGUCGCCGGAGAAAUUGCUGCAGCAGGAUGGUUAUCUAGCACUCGCAAGUUUCUUCCUGCUCAUGAGACUACUACAUCUUUUCCUUCCGAGCCUUAAUGCUUGUUUCCAGAGAGCUUGGAGGAGGCAGAUGCGAUAUGCAAGCCUGCGGAACAUAUGGAAUUGCCUCAAGGCCUACAUGGAACAAGCUAAGCAGGGUUUCAGUAGGCUGCAUCCGUGCAAGCAAAGCAAUUUGCAGGAAGGUGCUAUGAAUGCAAGAGCCUGGGCUUCCCAGUCAUUAGCAUCAGUGUCGCUAGGGGAAAGUAGUUCCGGAAGAGCAUACCCCACAGUCGAAAGGAAUUGAAAAGGCGAGACCGAUGGCCGCUGCUUGUACAGUGUUGCAUAUUUGAUAUUGUUUUCGGUUUUAAGCUGCAAUGGGCUGCAACAAUUGUUCAAGCAGCCCUUCCAACAUGGCCUUCUCUUUAAGAUAAUUAGAUUAGAUCGGCUCGACACUCCCUGAUGAUCUGAUCUUUUUCAA